AUGUUAGUGGCUAUUUGCAUCGAAACAACAUAUGGAAAUCCAACAAUUAAGAACCGUAUGGUUCGUGUAGCGAAUGGAUGUGGUGCUGAAGGUGGUCUAACCAUCAAUUGGCUACUUCAAGCUGUUGGUGAAGGUGUACUAAUCAAAUGUUGCAACACACACGAUAUAUGCUACGAAACAUGCGGUCAAACGCAAUCUCGAUGUGACAACAAUUUUGAAUCAUGUCUCAAUUCCGCGUGUGGUAAACUUGGUGGUUGGUUCGAAUGGUGGUCUAAUACUCGGCAAGUUGCGUGUAAGGUGGAUGGAAACCUUCUUUUUAGUGUUGUCAAUGCAUUUGGAUCGAAGGCAUUCAACACUGCUCAACAACAAAGUGGAUGUCGUGGAUAA